UUGAAGAUUCUGAGGAUUUACCUCCGACUUGUUUAUUUUCUACACUUGUUCAAACUUAUAAAGAUACUAAACAAUUAAUUGAAUGUGAAACUAAAGAACGUCAAAAAAUUCAAAAUGCAAAUACAAAUACUAUUAGGGCCCGAAUUAAAUUAUUUGAACCAUAUUUUCCUGAAUUAAAUGCUUUUCAAAAUAAGUUAGAGAAACAUAUAAUUUGUGAAAAGCACUAUAAUCAAAUUUUUGUGAAAGAUACUUAUUUAAACUAUUUAAAAAAUGGAUCGUCAUAUUAUCCAAGAAAGCGAAGUCGCAAUUUUAAUACCUUAAAUUUGAAUGAUAUACAAAUAGAACCUUCAACAACUAUCGAUAUUGGAAUUCAGGUAGAAGUAGAUAAUACGAAUAGUGAUCUUUUAAUGCAAAUCGGAAUUUUAAAAAAUUCUCUUAAUGUUCUUGCAACCGAAAAUUCUAAACAAUCACAAAUUAUUGAAAUUAAAAAUAAUAAAAUUUAUGAAUUAGAAUAUGAAUGCGAAUAUCUUAAAAAACAAAUUGCCGAUUUUAAUCUUAGAUUAGAAAGUUUAAAUUUAUAUAAAAAUAAUGUAGAAAUAUUAACAAAUGAAAAAAAUAAAUUAGAAAAUGAAAAUACAUACUUAAAAGAACAAUGGAAUGAACGCUUAUCUAAUAAAAAUAAACAAUGUUUAAAUUGCUUCGAAUCAGAAAUUGAUAAUAAAAAGCGAAAUUGUCCUAAAUGUAAUACUAAGUUACCAACGCUUGCUUCAAUAAGUCAAGCUUCGUCUUUUCAACAAACCACAUUACCUGAAAAUAUAGAUAAAACGGUAGUGUUUAAACUAUAUGAACCUAAACAACCUAACGGUGAAAUUAAUUUGAGUGAAGAAAUAAAGUCAUUUAGUGUACUCGCACAAGAAAAAAGACAAGUAUUUAUUAAACAUACCUUAAUGCAAAAUACUAGUAUUGAUACUUGGCGAGCAAUUCCAGUAACGGAGCAGGAGGCCGAAAUAAUGAAAAAUGAAAGCACAAUGAGAAAAGAAGAGCUUAUUUCAGUUAUCAAUUCAAUACUUAUAUCACUUCCUGAAACACAACGCUCGAAGUAUACUAAUUUAAAAAAUAAGACAAAAACUAUACUAUUAACAAUCUUGCAAGAAAUACGAGGCUUAAAUAAUGCUGAAGAUGCUAUUGAUGAAGAAAAUGAAGAUAAAGAGCUUAUAGAUGAAGAAAUGAUAUAA